CAUUCGAUGAGGCCAAACCAAUUCAAAAUCAAAUGCAGUCUGAAAAAUAUUCUUAAAAUUGGUGUCCCAAGGAAACUGGAUACCUCCAAUUACCACCCUAUCAGAUCAUCAGCUGAUCCACUUAAGUUACAUUUCUCUCAAGCCAUUUGGAGAGAUGCAGUAAACUGAUACAGCAUUAAAUCAUGCUCUAAACUUUAAUCUACUGACAUUUUACUCCUUCACUUAAUCACGUAGUAGGAAGAAUACCAAAUAAAGAAUGUCAACCAGAACGCACGAGUAUCACAUGGUAUUCCAAGCAACAUAAAGCAAUAAAGGCAAAGUUAAUCACUUUCAGGAAGGGAUAAGAAAACAGUCCACUAUCUGUUAUAUGGAACCUCGUGGCACAUACAAAAGAAAAGACAAAUCAUUUUCAGAUAGGCUUACAGUCUUUAAGUAAUUUUCAGAGUGAUACUGGUGCCAAAAAAGAUAGAUCUCCCCUGCUUUGCAACAUCAAUAUACAUAAAAUCUACCACUAACUAAUGCAUCAUUUGGAAUCAGUGUCCCAGAAACACAUAAGAAUAUAAGUAACAACCAACCAAGAAAAACAUAAUAACGAUAAAAGAAUAUGAGAGAAUUUUGUUGGAUAUAAAUCAAGAUAAUGUAUAGAUGGAUGUCACGGCAUAACUUAGUUUGCAUCAAACAUACCAACAAAGAGUUUGCCUAAACUCUUGGAUCAGAUAGUCAUACGUUUGAUUUCCGUUAGGAGAGAUCUGUUAUAUUAAGGAGAAUUAAUUUAAUAUAGUUUGUGCCUCAUCGUCGAAGAUGUACAAGAAUUAGGGUCUAGAACCUCAUAGUCAUUAAAAAAUUGUUUGCAUCAAACAUCUUUUGGCAUAAGAUAUAAUAAAAACCAUAAUAUCUAAGACAGAACAGAGAAAGGUCAGUAUACACCCAACAGGUGUAUAUUUCAAUGCUAAUUCAAAGAUUAGGGAAGCUUCAUGGCUGCUCCAGCUAAAGCUCAUGGGUCCCUAUGAGCAACUCUUGAGGAUUUGAUUUGCCAAAUUUACUGCCACAUGGGUCUACAAUUGCAGUAAAUGGUAAGAAGGGUCCAUUCUCAAUAAGAAAGCACACUAAGAUCAUACAAAUUCAGUGAAUAACUAUAUAAGGUGCAGACUAAUAAAUAAAACAGUACACCAAAGGGUCUCUACUAAUUCAAAAGUUUUUUGAUUAAAAUAAUUUACAUUAUAUGUCAGAAAGUAUACGAAACCUUUACCUUUCCACUAUAUAUAUAUAUAUAUAUAUAUAUAUAGAACCUGCAAUGCAACCUAGAAGAUCUAUCUUUUAUCAUGUCGACUGCAACUUUUUCUCCCACAAUCAAACCAAGUGAGCUCUUCCAAAAUGUUCUUGGAAAAUUUUACUCAAGACGACUACUACUUCAUUUAUCUUCUCAACCACCAACCAUAGCGUCGCCCCCAUUUGCAGACACUCAAGAAGCUUCACUCUCUUAUGCCCACCAUAUGAGCCUUGAUACAAACGUUGUCAUAGUCCUCUCAGUUCUCUUCUUUGCACUAGUUUGCUCACUUGGACUACAUUCCAUCAUUAGAGUGGUGAUGAGGUACUCCAAUUUGUUAUCAUCCGAAGCUAAUAACGAGCUCGCAGUUCGCUUGGCCAACACUGGGGUCAAACGAAAAGCCUUGAAGAGUUUCCAGACGCUAAGUUACUCUAUGGAGCUUAAGCUGCCUGGCCUAGAUACAGAGUGUGCCAUAUGUCUCUCAGAGUUUGUAUCCGGGGAGCGAGUCAAGCUUCUGCCAAAGUGCCACCAUGGAUUCCAUGUCCGGUGUAUAGACAAAUGGCUAAGUUCACACUCUUCCUGUCCCACAUGCAGGCACUGCCUCAUUCAGACUUGCCAGAAGAUAGCUGGAUGCAGUGAGGCGUCCUCAUCACGUAAUCAACCACCACAUGGCAUCAUUAGCGUGGAUAUAGCACCAUUAGGACCAGAAAGAUUGAUACUCGGUUUCUAAAUACAGUCCAAGUAGACUUGGGCGCAGUUAUGUUGUAAAACUUGAUAUAUAAAAUCAGGGUUUAUAUGUAGUUUCAUAUUCAAGAUAGCGUUAUCAUUUCCGCUGUACAGUUUUAAAGAUUAUUAUGACAUGUUGCUUUGUUCACUCAUGAACGUCUGAAAGUGUACAUUUCACAAUAAGACAUCCCAAUAUAAGAUUUUUGAGUCACGUGAAACUCCAAAGAUAAGGAAGCUGAGAAGGCAAAACACUUAAAGUGAGGGUAUCAAAUCAACUCAGAGAAAUCCUUAAUCAUGUAAUGCCACUAACUUGUUUGUUUAAUAGUGAUUACCAUAUUGAUUAAUAGCAUAACAAGCUAUGUAAAUUAAAAUAAUUUCGAACUAAAGAACAAGAAGGAGACCUUUCUUGUUUGGUUAUCAAACUUGUAUUAAAGUGAGUAGGCAUCGGAUAAUAUAAAAACGUGACCAAAAUAAGCAACAAGGAAUACUAAAAAGACCCUACAAGAGAAAAGAUGCUUUAAUAUAAUCCACCCAAAUGAGAACAAGUCCAAGAUUGAGAAAGAUACAUAGGUGACACACCUAGAACAAACGGCUUAAAGAAGAAUGGAAUCUGAGCAAGAAAACCACCAUAGAGUCAAAUCAGAAGAUAGAAAGUAAAUAUGGUACGAUGAAUAAACAACCAGUGUUGGUGCUGUCAAAUAUCAAAAUUGAGGUUACAGAAUCUAUAGACAUUAAGUGCCAAAAAAUUCAAUCAUUCAAGACUGAAAAGCCACUGAGUGAGCAUCAAAUGUAACAGUACCAACAAAAAUGGUGUGGCUUAUACUGGUACUGCACCUAAAGAGACAAUCUUGGAGUAUUCGAGAGAGACAAGCAAUUAGUUGAGUAAACUUGACAAACUGCUUCAAACUAUGGUCCAAAGGCCCAUGGUUUUCAGUUCCAACUAAAUAUAGACAUGGACAUCUGGAAUUCAAAAAGAAAUAGCAAACCAAUUAUACAUGAAUGCUUGUGCUAGUUGUGCAUUAGAUAAAAACCAAAGAUUGUAUAGUCAGGUCUUUUUUUGAACCUAUUAAUAAAGCCCAACAUACCAAAGUUUACUAAACAGUAUAAUCAUCAUUUGUUGCUUGAAAAACAAUAAUUUAGUUCUGCUUCUACAUAAUUCCUUGAGUUGAUCUUCCACGAUCAUAGCCCGUAAGCGUCCGGUGUACGGUGUACCGGAUAUUUGAAUGGUUCGCGUGAACUGAAUCACCAUAAACAAGUAAUGGUUAGGUCUUCAUCUAUUAUUGUCAUGUUUUGUUGAUAAUAAUUCACACUUCUUUCCAACAAGAAUUCAAUAACUUUAAUAAUUGAACGACGUCAUUCAUUUUGUAAAGCUAUAUAAAAAACUUUGAGCUUUAUUUCCCAUUUUAUGUUCCAUCAUGUAUUUAACCUCCUCUGUAUGAAGAUUACUUGAUCUAUAAAGCAAUAAAUGGUAGUCGUUAAAAUUCGGUUCAUCUGCUUAACUAUGGUAUUAUUUCUUGUUUAUUUUUUACGCAAUUAUUUUCAACUAAAAAAAUGGUAAACCACUUUCCGGCGAAGGAAUAUUAAAUCACCGAUGGUCACGUGUUUGGGAUAUCUGAUAUCGUCGGAUUCGAAUUCAGUUCGCUUAGCGAUGCUGGAACUCUAUGCUACCACCAUACCACUAGCACGUGGUUAAUUAUUUUCAACUAUUUAAUUUAAUUAGUUAUCUUAACAAUGACAUCAUAACUGCAUUAUUUUAUAAGUUGUUGAAUAAGUUGGUUAAAAGUAUUAAAAUAAAAAUUAGCAAACGAAUUUCAUAUUACAUUAUUGUAGGGAUAGAUGCUUCAUAUGCUUGUAUCAUUUUCUUUGUUGUACGAAUUUAUACUACUACUGCUUAUACAGAUUUAAAUAUAAAGUAUACUAUCGAUGGAAACAAUAUAUAUAUAUAUAUAUAUAUAUAUAUUUUGGAACAAUAUAUUAUUAGAUAAAUAAAU